AUGAACAAGGAGAGGCUCAUGAAGAUGGUUGGCGCCGUCCGCACCGGCGGCAAGGGCAUCGUGCACCGAUCUGGCUCGUUGGCUGGGGUCUGGUGCAGGAAGAAGAAGGCGGUGCACAAGACGACGACCACGGACGACAAGCGGCUGCAGAGCACGCUCAAGAGGGUGGGCGUCAACACCAUCCCCACCAUCGAGGAGGUCAACAUCUUCAAGGAAGACCUCGUCAUCCAGUUCCUCAACCCCAAAGUGCAAGCGUCCAUCGCCGCAAACACAUGGGUGGACAGUGGGACUCUCCAGACCAAGAGUAUGGAUCCAUCUCACUUCUCUAUCAUUUGGCCAUGAUGAUGAUGAUGCAAG